GAUAGGAGGCUUUGUAGCCAAGCCUCUGCCGCGGCAGAUUACGGGUGAGAUACGGACGUUACAUGUACUUGGCCGGCAGGACACUCGAGUUCCUGCAAAGCACAGCCUGACACUUGCAGCCAGAUACGCCCACAGUCGCCUUUUCGUGCAUUUGGGUGGCCAUUCAGUGCCCUCCAGCAAUGUCUUCCGGUCUGUGCUUCGCGAAUUUCUCCUUCAACCAAAGGCGAAGUGUCGUUUUGAUGGAAUGCAGGCUUUGCCCGUUGACUUGCAAUUGUACUGUCUUUGGUCUGCUUUUCUGUUGUUUGUGCUAACCUCGGCACGACGUCUUGCAAUUCGCUUUUGCGCGCAGACCCGUCCGGAACAGCGACGUUAG